UCGAGUCUUUGGCUUCAGACCUUCCCAGCUAAGGGCAAAGCAGAGCUGUGGGAAGGAGAGAUGAAGAGCCCAGGAGAUGGGCCAGCGUCCAGCAGGAGCCCACGCUGCAACCCUGGAGCUGCUGGCACUUUCCUGCUUGGCUUCAACUCCACCCCUGCCCGCCUGCUGUCCCCAGCAUCUGCAGAGAGCCCAGUCCCCUACCAGCCAGGGAAGAUCAACCACAGAAAUGAUGCUGCUCAUUCAGAUCUGGUGAGAAGGAGGUGGGAAAACAUCAGUGGAGAAAGACAUGGUCAUGAACACUCAAGGCUGGAGAAAUUUCUCUGUGUCGGACUGCAGAGUUACACCCCCCACAGCCUGAAGGGACAAACUUCCAGGAGGAAAAAUGCUCCAUAUCAGAACAGAGCCUUGUCGAGCCCCUCCGCCAACAGGCACUCCACACUUCAUCAGGCAGUUUUUCUCAGGGAUUCUGAGAGAAUUCUCAAGGAUUCUGAGAAGAUUCAAACAGAACUUUGCUGUUUCUUAACAGCAGCUAGCUGCAGAUCUGUGUAUUACUGCAGAAAUAUCCCGCUGGGAAAAGGCUGCAUAAGUUCUGGCCACCGUGUAAAUCCCACAAUGAAGACUCACUUGGGAAGAAGAAAAGACAUAAAAUGUUGUGCUGGCUGUCUAAGUGAAGGAAGGUUCAUGCUUAGAAGCUCAGCUAAAACUCCUGAAGAGGAGCACCUCUCUAUUUUAACAGAAGUUUUUCAGGAUUCUUUCCUUGGUCUGUACAGAAAGUGCAUAGCAAUGGAGAUCAAUUUAAACUGUACUGUGGAAAGAGGGGAGAAAUCUGGUGAUGGUCCUACAAAUGUCAUUGACAAGGAAAAGAAAAGGCUAAAGGCUCUGCUGGAGUGACUCCAUUGACUCCCGUGGUUUUCGUGGGCUUCAAUUUGCAAAACAGACAGAAGAAGAGAAAACCCUUCCUCCACCUCUCUCCCCUGCAAUUCUUGAAAGUGACAUCUGUGCAGUGCUGCAGGAAAGAUUACACAUCUUAGUCUUAUUUUUUUUUUUACCCUGCCACUCCCAAUUUACUCAUGCCCACUAUCAUAAUAUUAAUUUUUAGCAGGGAGGAGUACGGAGUGCUCCCCUGGGCCAGCGUGGUUCUCCUGGCGGGGAGCAGCCCAGGGGAGGGGGAAGGCAGUGGGGUGGAGGUCGCUGCUGCUCCAAGGGGACCAGAUCUGCCUUUCUCACCCAGGACACAGAGAUUCUGUCCCGGGAGCCUGUCCAGAGCAGUCCCUGCUCGUCCCUCAGCACCCCAGCGUGGCACCGCUCUGUCUUGCCACCACUCCUCCUUCCCGCCCCCCCUGCCUCACCUCCCCCGGACCCACUUCCCUUCUCGAAAAAUCCAUCCAUUUAUUUCCAAUUACAAACCACACCACAUAACACAAACAUAAUUGCUUAAAAGUUGUUCCACAUUUGAUUCACAUGCAUUAUGCAUCCUGUAAAUUAUGUACGACCUCCUCUUUUUUCUCUCUUUUUUUUUUUUUGAGAAGUAUUAUUGUAGUUCCCUCUCUUGAUAUAAGGAUAGUUUUUACAGUUAGAAUCAAAACCUAAUUCAUUUACAAUACCUGUCUCCUGAGGAUCACAACAUAAUGACAUUGGAACAGUAAAAAGACUACACAGGGUUUUCACUUCAAUCACAGCUGUUCUAUAAAGAAAAGAAACUUACAGAAACCACCAAGAGAGAUGGUGAUUUAUAUCCAGUAGGAUACAAUAUAGCUGAAGAUGACUUUCUUGCUUAAACAAGGAGGGAAAAAAUGAACUCAUAUGUAUGAUGUAAAUAGACUUAACCAUGGGUGGCUGUGGUUUACUAUAAAUAUUCAAUUCAUUAUGGCUGCGGAGACGUACAGCUCCUACUGCGUGCUGGUGUUCUUGCCUGUAUCUGUCACUUGCUUCUGUUUGUCAUAAGCCAGACCCUCUUUAUGGUGACCCCCCCCGCCUUUUUUUUUUUUUCCUAGUUGUCCAGGAAUCAACACAUUUGGGAUUCUUUUUUUUUUUUUAAAGCUUUGGACCUCUUAAUGGUAAAGAUCUCAUUGAAGGAGGUUUUUCAGCAAUGGAAAAAAAAACAUGGGCCUGUGAGUUUGGAUCCCGUGAUGCAUCGCUCCUUGAAGUUACAUCUGCUCUUCUCUUUCAUCUCUCCUCUUGUUAACUGGGAGCUGUCACAUUAGGAGUUUUGGUGGAAGUGGCAUAAAGGAAGGAAAGAGAGACUGAUACACUGUGUCAUGACAAAACAGGCAGAGUAAGAGUGCCUUUGCAGUCACCUAUCAUCCAUGGACUACGUGCUGCUGGCCCAAAGCAUCAGACUUAACACAGUGCUCCUGAAGCCAGCUUAACAGAGACUGCUCCACUGAAAGCUUUCUGAAAUCAUUCUUAAAUUACGAUGCAUAAUCACUUGAAAUUAAGUCAAUUCAAAUGCCCUCUGGAAGGAUUCUGUACAUGAAAAGUUGAACUGGAGCAAAAUCAAGACUUGAAGUCCCCUGUGUGGAAAAACAGGGCUGCUGAAUUGUGGUAUGAGGUCAGGCCUGUGGUCACUCUC